AUGCCCCCCCUGUUGAUUUUCCCGCGACAAAAGAAGAGACAAGAAUUUGAAUUGGGCUUGCCACCUGGAGCUUGGAUUGCGGCAAAUGACUCUGGAUGGAUGACUAUGGAAGUGUUUUUCGAAUGGUUCAAGAAGUUUAUUAAAUUUUCUGGUGCAAAAAAAGAAACUCCCGUGCUCUUACUAUUUGAUGGACAUGCAUCUCAUACGAAAAACAUCGAUGUAAUAGAUCUGGCUCGAGAUAAUGGCGUUAUUUUAUUGUUUCCCACCGCACUGUUCGCACAGGCUCCAGCCUUUAGAUGUGGCAUUUAUGAGACCUUUAAGUCUAUACUACGAAGAUGGUUGCGAUCAAACCCAGCCGAGACAACUAAUAUUCCCAUUGCUGAGACAGAAAUUGCCCCUACUCAAGUAACUCAAGUCGAUGAUUUUCCAGAAAAUAAUUCCUUCAAUGAUCCCUCAACCCCACCUCCCAGAGAACUAAAGGAAACUAGCAACGAAACUCAAAAUGGCUCUUUACCCUGGAUGUCUGAUACUCCUAUUGCACCAAUAAAAAAAGUGAUCACCUCUAGUUAUCCAGCCGUUUCACCGGAAGCUUUUAUGCCAGUACCAAAACUAAUGACAACCGUUAAGCGAGUGCAGAGAAAGAGGCAAAACCACUAUUAUUACAGAGUCACCGUAUAA